AGACUUAACUGUCCAGACCGUUUCUGUUCUUCUAGAGCUCCAUGCCUCCAUUACCCUUUAUUUAAAAACAGGGUUGCUAUACGCUCAGAGUACCGAAACUUCAGCAGCAAACGCACACGGCCGGGCUAUACAGAUAUUGGGCGAGAGGGAGGGUAACAGAGAAGGCAAGAUGGCUGAUGUAAUUGAAUUAGCCGCUCAGAUCCCCCCGGACGAGAAAUCUUCUUCUGGGAUCAUGCUGUUCAAUCGGUGGACCUACGAUGAUGUCCAGGUAACCGAUUUGUCAGUUGAUGAUUACAUCACUGCUACUGCUGCCAAGCAUCCUACAUAUACUCCCCACACUGCUGGAAGGUAUCAAGCAAAGAGGUUUAGGAAGGCACAGUGCCCAAUUGUGGAGAGGUUGGUUAACUCUCUAAUGAUGCAUGGAAGGAACAAUGGUAAGAAGCUGAUGGCUGUCCGCAUUGUCAAACAUGCAAUGGAGAUCAUCCAUUUGCUGACAGACCAGAACCCCAUCCAAGUCAUCGUUGAUGCUGUCAUCAACAGUGGUCCACGUGAGGAUGCUACACGUAUCGGAUCAGCUGGUGUUGUUAGACGCCAAGCUGUUGAUAUCUCACCUCUUCGCCGUGUCAACCAGGCAAUAUAUUUGUUGACUUCUGGUGCACGUCAAAGUGCCUUCAGGAACAUCAAAACCAUUGCAGAGUGCCUUGCCGAUGAACUCAUCAAUGCUGCCAAGGGUUCUUCUAACAGCUAUGCCAUCAAGAAGAAGGAUGAGAUCGAGAGAGUUGCAAAGGCCAACCGUUAAGGAUUUCCGUUCCUGUAACUUUAUGUUAUGAAGUUUGUUUUAUUAAUUGGAUAAAGUUUGGACAAUCUUUUAGAUAUUGGUUACGAUCCAGUUUUGAUAUUUUUAUCUACUCAACUUUUACCAAGAAUUUGAGUUUUGCUAUUUUGGUUGUGACUUGUGAAAGUUCGUUUUGGCUAAUUUUCCCAUUAUUCCAAAAACACAAAUCCUCCCAUUAUGAGGGCCAUGAGGCCAUGACCCAUGCUAACGAGAAUUGGUAUCAAGUUUCUGUUUGGUGGAGACUGGUUGGGAAGUAUCCCUUAUAAUUUUU